CGGCUCAGCGCAGCUACCACCUCUCUUCAGUCACUUAUUAGCACGCCCACACCAAGCUCCUCUCCAUCUUCCUCUCUCACUUCGAUCCUCGUCUUCUUCUUUCUUUCUUCGCCAAUGGGAUCGGAGACGGUGAUGGUGGAUGAAAUCCCUUUUCCUCCCCAGAUCACGCUCACUAAACCUCUCACCCUCCUCGGCUACGGGAUCACUGACAUCGAGCUGCAGUUCCUCCAGAUCAAGUUCACCGCCAUCGGCGUCUACUUAGACAAAGAGAAUAUCGUCGAGCACCUUGCAGGGUGGAAAGGCAAGAAGGGAAGCGAGCUCGCCGGGGACGACCUCUUCUUCGACGCCGUCGUGGCAGCCCCGGCAGAGAAGCUCCUGCGGGUCGUGGUGAUCAAGGAGAUCAAGGGGUCCCAGUACGGGGUGCAGAUGGAGAGCGCCGUGCGGAGCCGACUGGCUGCCGCCGACAAGUACGAGGACGAGGAGGAGGCGGCGUUGGAGAAGGUGACGGAGUUCUUCCAGUCCCAUAACAAGUACCUCAAGAAGGGCUCCGUCCUCACCAUCCACUUCCCGGCGUCCAACCGAGAAGCCGAGAUUGGAUUGGCGACGGAGGGGAAGGAGGCGGAGGCGGAGGCGGAGGCGGAGGCGGCCACGGUGAAGGUGGAGAACGGGAACGUGGUGGAGAUGAUGCAGAAAUGGUACCUGGGAGGAAGUAGCUCUGUGUCUCCGAGCACGGUGGCGAAGUUGGCGGAGCAGCUCGGCGAGUUGCUCGUUUAGUUAGUUGAGUGGUGGGUGGGUUCUUUGCAGUUGUAAGUUGGAUGGAUGCUACUGCACGCAAUAAGUGUAACCUUUGUUUGAUCUAUUCUAUUAUCAGUGCGCCUAAAUCCAACGGCUAAGCCUGCUUAUCAUGAUUCCCUAAA